CUUUACGAGGGAAAUUGAACACAUCGCGCUACAGCAGCAGCUGGUCGCGAGCGCACCAAAUUACAAUUAAAUAAUCGCAUUUUACAAAUUGACAUUAACACAUUAAAUAGUUCGUCAUUAUUUUGCGUCCAAAAGGCGUCUAAUAGAAUUCACAAUUCAUUUUUAAGGUGACCAAAUAUCACACAUUCGUCUUUUGCCCAAAACAGAAGUUUCUCGGCUUCCGUAGUGCCUGCGGAAACAUGGCUGCUCAGGCCAGCAGGACGUUGCUGUUCUCCGUUAGUCGUUUAAACGUCGUCGGACUCCCGACUUUGUCGAACAGGUUGACAUACGCGGCAGCAUUGCACAUACGUUCGGAUGGAAAUAAAAAUCUCCCUGACAAAGGCGGGAGAGGACCGAUGAUCAGAAGGCCCCGAAGAGAGGCGGGACCACCUAGGACGGAAAAGAUGACUGAGGACCUGGACUGGACGGCGGUAUACCCGGCGGCGGCCCCUUUCAGAGCCAGCGCCGUGCCUCUACCCGUGAGGAUGGGCUACCCUGUGAAAAGAGGGGUCCCCCCAGAGAAGAAGGGCAACCUGGAGCUGAUCAAGAUUCCCAACUUUCUCCACUUGACGCCAGCAGCCAUCAGGAAACACUGUGAAGCUCUCAAACCGUUCUGCACCGCGUGGCCGUCCGCCUUGGACACGGACGGCGAGUGCGAGCGCCACUUCCCCAUCCAGGUGGAGAGCAGCGAUUACGUGUCGGCGGGCCUGUCCGUACGAAACCCCGCCGCUCGCGUCGUUCAUCUCAGAGUGAAGCUUUCCAGUUUGAACCUGGAUGACCACGCCAGGAAAAAAAUGAUCAAACUGGUCGGGGAGCGAUACUGCAAACGCACGGACGUUCUCACCAUCACGACAAACAGCUGCCCGCUGAGACAACAGAAUUACGACUACGCCAUGUACCUGCUGACCGUCCUUUACCACGAGUCCUGGAAAACGGAGGUGUGGGAGUCCGAGAAGACCGUGGCAGACAUGGAGGAGUACUCGUGGGAGGACAGCCCGUCCCAGAAGAACAUCUUGGACACGCUGUCGCGCGAGUCCGACGCCGCUGAGGAAGAACGUGAGCGUCUGUUGGGCAGAAGCGAAGUGCAAGAGUACAAGGACUCGGUCGUCAGACUGAAGAACCAAGGGGGCAGCGAGGACGCCAUGCGGCAGUACAAAGAGGCCGUCAAGAAGGUCCUCAAGAUAUGACCUGCAAGCGACCUUACAAAGGACAUAUACCGUACUAUGACCUCUACUAUACCGAAUUUGUUGUAACAUCGCCAACUGGCUUUCUGCAGAACGUCAGGUGACCAAAUAGGAAAAUGACGUCCUGAGUGCGCAGCGGCGACUACUGGCUGACAACACGAAUUUUGUACCCCAAUUUGCGAUAUCGUUUGCUGUUUUCUGCCCCUCACCUGAACCAUAAGAAAGUCUUUUGUCCGAUUUUCCCAAAUGUGGGAGCUGCUUACACAUAUAUACGAUGUCAUUUCAUUCAAAUAAACAGAGGAAGAGUC